AUGUCCUACGCCUACGCCAAGCAGGGCACCGGCCCGCUCCGCCCCGACGUCGACCACGUCGAGGGGACGGUCAAGGCCGUCGUCGGCCCCGUCUACGACCGCUACCAUGCCGUGCCGCUCGAUCUCCUCAAGUUCCUCGACCGCAAGAAAUGUACCAACAGGGUGCAUUUUGUCAGGAACUUGAUCACGGAGGUCGCUGGGUUUUCUCUCGAUCGCGAGAAGAAGCUGGGGAAGGUGAUCGUCCCGGACAAGUGGAAGGAGGGCGCCAGCAACACCUUCGAGGGCGGCGGCCGGAAGAUCAACGAGAACAAGCUCCUCUCCAAGAAGAGCAGGUGGACUCCUUAUGGAAAUACCAAAUGCAUAAUCUGCAAGCAACAGGUGCACCAGGACGGUAAAUACUGCCACACCUGUGCCUAUUCAAAAGGGGUGUGUGCGAUGUGUGGUAAGCAAGUGCUGGACACGAAGCUGUACAAGCAAAGCAAUGUGUGAGUAGGGUACUCAUGUACUGGACUUGGUAUGUUUAACAUGUAAGAUCAUGGCAUCAUGUACUAGCGAUAUUGCUGUGGAAAAACGUGAUGUAUGCGGUGUUAUGAAAAGAACAAAUUUUAACAGUUGUGUAAGCGGGCGUGCUUGUCUCUGUAAUUUGAACCCUUGAGCAAUGUGGAUUUUUGCUGCCCUGGCACAUGCUUC